GUCCAACAUACAAGCUAACGGCACCCAACAGGUCGUUGUGUCCACUAUGGCACCAGCAGAUUUAGCGGCCAAGCUGAAGGACGGGUCACCGACACAGGUCGUGCAGGUCCCUGCUGGCUCCUUGACCACAGUCGACUGGGCAGCUAAACUCAAGGAGUUGCAGCAUGCCCAGAGAUUGGAACGACUGCGGGAAGAGCAACAAGCAGUCCGGGACAAGCUAACGCAAAAACAACAGUUCGAGGCCAAAUAUGAGCCUUGUGUUGUUUGUGGCGACCGUGCUUCAGGUCGCCAUUACGGAGCCAUCAGCUGUGAGGGAUGCAAAGGUUUCUUCAAACGGAGCAUCAGGAAGCAGUUGGGUUAUGCUUGUCGAGGGGCUCGAGACUGUCCCGUCACAAAACUCCAUCGUAACCGAUGCCAGUACUGUCGACUACAAAAAUGCCUGGCUGUUGGAAUGAGAUCAGAGUCUUUCGCCGAUAAGUCAGCUGAUUUGCAAGCUCAGGCUUCUCCGUAUAUUGAGGCCGUGCAACAAGAACGCAAGCCUCCGGACCAGAAGGAUAAGAUACAGACUACUGUUGCUACGUCCACGCAGAGAAUCUACAUCCGAAAGGACUUCAAUAGUCCUUCAGCAGCAAUCCCGACCUUUGCAGCUAAACCUGUACCGAACCUUCAACAAGAUUCCUAUGAACUCCAGAGCCCUGAAGACGGCACAGCCAAGGCUGUGGGGGGAAGCCUACUGGCCAACCUGCAGGAGAGGGUCAUCCAGACUGACCAGGGCAUGGUCAUUCUCAGCUCCCAGAUGCCUUCCACCACUGCAAACACAGAUCUGAGCACUCUGGCCAGUGUCGUGACCACCCUGGCCAACAUGGGGAAGAACGAAGGGGAUCAGAGCCAAGGGGGAGACCCACUCACGCCGUCAAACGGGGACUCGGAGGUGGACACUAACACAGACUCGGUGGCCAAGGCGUUUGAUACUCUGGCCAAGGCUGUCCAGCCCCAGUCAAGUCAGAGCAGCACACUAGACCAGUCGGUGUCCGAGACCAGCCUCAAUGAAUCGGGGAUGAGUACUGAGUCAGGAGACAGCAGCUUCAUCAUCGACAUCGAAGGUCCUAUUCUCUCGGAGUCCAACUUCCAGUUCAACCUGACCACCCCAUCUCCCAUGCCCGCUUACUUGAAUGUCCACUACAUAUGUGAGAGUGCAUCUCGCCUUCUGUUUCUCUCCAUGCACUGGACACGCUCAAUCAACGCCUUUCAGAUUCUCAACCCUGAUCUUCAGACAACAAUCGUUCGGUCGUGCUGGAGUGAGCUGUUCUGCCUCGGGCUAGCACAGUGUUCCAACACCAUGUGUUUGUCCACCAUCCUGGCAGCCAUCUUGAACCAUCUUCAGGCCAGUCUGCAGCAAGAGAAAGCCGACCAAGACAAGGUGAAGGUGGUGAUCGAGCAUAUCAUUCGUCUACAGGAUUACAUCACUGCCAUGUCUCAGCUACAGGUCACCUCGGCCGAGUACGCCUAUCUCAAGACACUGGUCCUGUUUUUCUCAGACAACCCCAACAUCCGGAACAAACGUCAGAUCGAGAAGCUCCAGGACAAGACCAGCAAGGAGCUUGUGCAGCACGUCCAGGCCAUGGGAUCCUCCUCCGAGCGAAUAGCCAAACUGUUGCUGCGUCUUCCCCCUCUCAAAACAUUCAGUCCAAACACAAUGGAGGAGCUGUUCUUCUCCGGGCUGAUCGGCAGCGUCCAAAUCGACAGCAUAAUUCCCUAUAUUUUGCGGAUGGAGACCGCAGAGUACAACCUUCAGAUGACCGGGCAGCUUCUCUCCCCAGCCCAGGGACAAGCUACGGAAUACAGCAUUCAUUCUGUCAACGGACUGCCUGCACAAGGUACCGUCUUGCAGGACUUCAACGCUUCAGUGAUUAACGGCCCAGCCGCCCAGGUCCUGCAAGCACAGACAAUAACCCCAGGGUCAAGUGCGUGACAUACACAUGACCUUGACCUGAGUUACUUUGGUCAGGAAGGAUGAUGUUCAUUAUCAAGUCGGCUGACAUUUUGUUUUCACCAAAAGGUGAUGUGAGCAUGAUCAGUUUUUCAUUUUUUUUAAAGGAGGCAUCCUUGUCUUUUGAUGACGGGAUUUGCAACUCCAUUAUAAAGUGCUAUGGAACAGACAAUUACUGGAUUCUUUCUUGCAACUGACAGCAGCCUGAGAGAAGAGGUUGUUCAUUAUUUAAGAUGGUUAUGAUCUAUUGUAUACUCUGGUGCUGUGACAUGUUGUAGAAUACUUGAUAUUGCGUUGCCAGUGAAAAAAAGUCAUGCUCUAGGUGUCUUAUGAUGCAGAGAAUGCUAUAUACGAGUGGUGCACUUUAAUUGAGAGACACCCCCAGACAAUCCUCUAUGUUGCCAGGGCUAGCAUUUCAGUAAACCUCUUUUAACACCUGGAUCUAUUCCAUGGUUCUUGCGAUCCCAAAGUGCCCACCAUGAAUUUUGAACAUUUCAACAUCCAAUCAAAUCUCAGAUAUGGGAAAGGGUAAGGGAGUUAACUCAUGUUACCAAGAAACCAAAGCCAGUGUCAGUUUUAAUGGACAUGAAGACUUUCUUUUGCAUGUCA